CUAGGGUGUAUUGCUGUCAUAUAUCACACUACCUCGUAAAAACGACACUGAGGAUUCUGGGCCAACAAAUCAGAGAGGAAAAAAAAUAUGAGUUCUUAUUAUGUGGAUGGUCUUCUUAGCACAUAUACGGCGAGUAGUUCUCUGUUCCCAAACGUAGAGCGGGCUUCCUGCGGCAUUGGACCCAGUGGAGAGGACUAUGGCUCGGCUCGGACUGCUGCGGCCAUCGCGUUUGCACCGUCUCUGUCUGGAGUUUACAGCGUCAGUAACGCAGUAUACCAGAGCCACCCCGUGUUUACCUCGGGCUACAGCCAGGUGCAGGACGCACACCGGUCACGUAAUGCGCACGCACUGCAGUGCAGCCCGUUUGACCAGAGCCGCCUGUUCACCGACAGCUGCUGCCAUCCGGGGCCGGGACCCCUCACCUCGCCGCCGGACAAACAACACCGGAUGUACCCCUGGAUGAGAGCAUCAGAUCCAAAUCGAAAGCGGGGGCGGCAGACCUACUCCCGGUACCAGACCUUGGAGCUGGAGAAGGAGUUCCACUUCAACCGCUACCUGACCCGCAGGCGGAGGGUCGAGAUAGCCCAUGCCCUCUGCCUCUCAGAGAGACAGAUCAAAAUCUGGUUUCAGAACCGCAGGAUGAAGUGGAAGAAAGACCACAAGGAAGAACCGGCGUCAAACCCCGGGGAAAAUGACGGCGACACCCAGGCUGUGUCCGAGGCCAUGGUGCCCGAAUCUGGAGACCCCGCUGGCUCCGGUUUGGGGUCGGAAACGGCUGCGAAGUAACGAAAGAGGCAGACACAGAAUCAAAUCGUUAAUGAGAGAAACACAUUGUUAAGUAUGGGUUAGGAAUGUAACUGACAUACCAGUCCUGCACUACAGCUUCGUAGCCUGAUCAAGUGAAUGACAGCUGAAGGCAAUUAUGUAAUAAACAUUUAGCAAUUAUAGUGUAAGCUCUGCACUUCAUAUCCAAAGCCGAAAGGCAUUAAAAAGGCUCCGCAUGAUAGAGCGAUAUUAACUACCUAUCUAAACUCUAUUUUUAUAUAUGCAAUACUAAAUGUAAUUCAACCUGAUUAUACUACUGAAUCAACAUUCCUUCAACCAUAAACUACCUAAUUUUUACCUGCUAAUAUCAAAAACACUGACGCAACGAAUUCAGCAUAUGUUUAAAUAUAUUGUAAAUUAAUCUAUUCGAGUGUUUUUUUUUCUUUCUCCAUAGACAGUUGUAUUUCUAAAGGGAUCAAAUACAACAUUCAGCGUAAAUGUGCCUUAUUUUGAAAGCAGACUAAUUCCAAGUGAAUGUUCUGUUAGUUAAAAUGGCUCCAACUGUGUUUUAGGUGCUUCUUUAGGUUUAGUUAGUGCAUCGCUACACUGUUUUUUUUUUUUUUGUUUUUUUUUUAUUUAAUUAUGACUAUAUUCGUUAGAAUAGUAACAUGCGUGUUUCCACCCUGACUCGGGCCAUCAGAAUGAACAGAAAUAUGUGUUUAUGUAACCUACCUCAGAUUCCCAGAAAGCCCACAUGCUUAUUAUACUGUAAACAGGAAUACUCUAAUGUAAAUGUUUUGAAAUCGUAGCUGUGCACUGUGAAAUGUUGGUAUUAUUUUUCCUAUUUCAUGUUUAAAUAAUUUUUCAGGCUCAGAAUUUCAUGCGUGUUUGUGAAUACCAGCAGGCUAAAACAUGCAUGCACUUCCAUUUAGGCAGCAUCACAUUUCAGUAUCAGGUUCUUUUUUUUAUGACAGUGUAAAAUGAGUAGGCUAUUCUAACCCACAAUGUGCAAAUACUGUGUUAUAUUUCGGUUCUUAGAGCUAAGUACAAGCAACGUGAACACACACACAUAUAGAUAGAUAGAUAGAUAGAUAUGAAUGUCUUUCAAACUGUAAAUGAAAAUAUACUAAUUGAAUAAAAUAGCUCUCACUUGCCGUUUUGUUUGCACUGAGUAUCUACACUCGGUAUUUGCGCUCUUAAUAUUGUGUAACCUCCACAGUCGUGACAAUAAUCACUGUAAUGACGCGCCGGCUGAGUAAUGAUAUGCUGCCCACAGUCACCUGUAAGUGUCGUUCACUGUGUCCAGUGUUAGGUUGCGUGUAAUAAAACGUGUUGCAGUCCAUUAUGAGGGUUAGGUAAACACUGGAGUUGGGGAAUGUUAACUAUGAGGAUGCGAGAUGGGGCAGGCUGCAGAUGAGGGGAAAUUACUGUUGAACUCUGCAUUCCCUCUUCCCUCGGUAAGAUGGCGCCUGACGGUGACCUGCCCCCUUUUCCUUCUCUCUUCUUCUCUCUCAGUCCCCCCCCCCCCCCCCCCCCCCCCCCCACCUUCCCUCCCAUCCAAGUCCCCCACCUCCCUUCCAGCGCUGGGUCAUAAAUCCGUUGUUGUUUAUGAAAAUUUACAACAUGGCAAUACAACUUUACGACGCGACUCGGCCUCCUAUUGGCCGCAGCUCGUCACGUGGCAGGGAGCCGUGAACAUGAACUUUUUAUAUAUAAUUUCCAAUAGCGGAAUAGAGCUGCCUUUUCAUUUAACGGUCUCAGGCUUCCACUCGGCUGUUUUCACCCGCGAUCUUCUACAUUUUUAUUCACCUCUUCCUUUCCUUUUCUUAU